AUGGUGUCCUUUGCGUUCACCCUGUCUAUAACACGGCGUUCGCAUCCAAAUACCUCACAUCCUCCGCCAUAUUUCGAAACCACGCAACAGACAGAACGAUAUUUCAAGCUGAAGAAAACAUAUACUACACCACCACAGACCAACCCUGCUACACCAAAACAUAAACCACAAAGACGAGGUUCAGGUUGCCCUCCUUUACCGACGUCCACUUCAUCAUCAAGCAGCCAGACUGCUUUGAUUCCCUCAUUCAAACACCAGCUAUCCGUAAGACCACGACUCAAGAUGAGUGACGCUAGUCAAAAUGACAUGGGAACCGUCGAGAGGAGAAUGAGUUACGGAAGAGGUGGAGCUGGGAAUAUUCGACGACAAUCUGAAAUCCCAUUCGGUCAGAGGGUCAAGGCGGAUGGCACACCAAGACGUCGAUCGAGUGUAUUUUCUAGCAUGAGCUCGAGCCAUGAUGGUAAGAGAAGAUUCUCAUGGUUUGGGUUGAGGAAAGGCGGAGUGGAAGAGGCGAGGUUUGUGGAGGUCGAUUUGAUUGAGAGGGAAUGA